AAACCCAAAGCCCUGACAUCGCUGGCGGCGGAGCCUCCAAAAUCGGAGAUUUGGCUACUUUUUGCAUUUUCCACCCGUCGUUUCUUUCUGUUAUUAUUGUAAUUUUGUGCGAAAGGAAGUUAUGAACAACUGCAAGUCAGGAAGUGGAAAUCCACACCGGUUGUGACAAGCUGGGGCUAAAAACUAUUUCAUUAUUUAUAUAGAUGUGUCUAUCAACAUUCUGCUUUUCAUCCAAAGAAUAAAGGGAAAUACCGGCUAGUCCUAUGUUUGACGGUGAAUGACAGACUGCAUCUGAGGAAAGGAAGGACUAAAUAUAUCGGCUAAGAACACCACCGUUAUUUAUUGAACUCAAGAGACCUUUUUUUUUUUAACCCAAAGACUGUUUGAGCGAGAGAUUUAAUGGGUCAUUAAAAGGGGAAAAAAAAAAAUAUUUUAAAGGCCCUUUUGCUUCUGAAGUGCAGCUAACCUCAAAAUAGGAGCAGUACUUGUAAGACAGAUACUCAAAUUAAGGCUUUGCACGAUGAAUUUUCUAUCCUAUGGAUAUCAGUUUUGAGAUUACAAAGCAAGAAGAUCUGUAAUUGAUCUAGCACCAGAUAAUUUCAAUGCCUAAUAUUCCCCAGGAUUGCUGGAGUACCCUCGGAGCUGCGUCGGACUGUAUUCGGGGUAUGCCAUGGGCUGUAUUCAGAGUAUUAGCUGCAAAUCCAAAGUUUUCCGGGAGAGUAUUUCAGUGAUUGAAGUCAAAGCCUCCAUCGAUCCCAUUCCCACCAGCAUCGACGAGUCCUCCAGCGUGGUCCUGCGCUACCGGACCCCUCACUUCCGAGCCUCUGCGCAAGUGUUGGUGCCCCCUAUUCCCAAGAAGGAGACCUGGAUCGUGGGCUGGAUCCAGGCGUGCAGCCACAUGGAAUUUUACAAUCACUACGGGGAGCAGGGAAUGUCAAGUUGGGAGCUUCCAGAUCUACUGGAUGGUAAAAUCCAGGCCAUCAGCGACUCAGACGGAGUGAACUAUCCCUGGUACGGAAACACGACAGAAACCUGCACCAUCGUGGGUCCCACAAAGAAGGAGUCCAAGUUCAACAUCAGCAUGAACGACAACUUUUACCCAAGCGUCACGUGGGCAGUGCCCGUCAGCGAGAGCAACGUGGCCAAGCUCACAAGCAUUCACCGGGAUCAAAGCUUCACCACCUGGCUGGUUGCAACCAACACGGCUACCAACGAAAUGGUGACCUUGCAGACUAUCAAAUGGCGCAUGAGGCUGGGCAUCGAGGUAAACCCCAGCAGACCCUUGGGGCAGCGUGCCAAGCUGCAGGAGCCCUCUGCUCAAGAGCAGCCCCAGGUCCUUAGCAAGAAUGAGCCAAUACCACCCAGUGCCCUUGUCAAACCCAAUGCCAAUGAUGCUCAGGUACUCAUGUGGAGGCCAAAGGAUGGACCACCGCUUGUGGUGAUACCUCCAAAACACCGGUAAUAGAAACCUGGCGUCCUGGUACCAAAAGGGAGAAAAAAACAAAACAAAAAACAAACCAACAAAGCAAAACAAUCACUUAGGUAUUAGAAUACACGCGUAUAAUCUGAGCAAGAUCAAAAUGCACUUUUUAUUCAUUCAACAAAUGCAACCAUUCUACCUUCUCCCAUCGGGACGGAUUUCACUGUGCUAAAGCUAAAGAGGAGACCUUUGACUGGGGUCUGUCUCAUCACUGGAUUCCUAAGGGAAAAAACACUGAUGUCUAUCCCUAUAGCUUUUUUUUUUUUCCCCUUCCCUACUUCAGUUACUGUUUGAACUUCAGUCUCAUUAGCUUGUCCAGACUGCCCAGAACAGUAAGAACAUUUUAUUUGGGAUUUUAAGGGUCUUUUUUUUUUUUUUUUUUGGUUGAGAACAAAACAAGUUCCUGGAGCAAAAAGUUGACUAUUUAAGAUAAGGAAUUUUUUUUUUAAGCUGUAAGGUUCUGAGUUGCAAAUCCAAGUCAUGCGGCCUUAUGUAGACUUUGCUUUGCAUUGCCAAACUUUUGCCUUAAAGCUAUGUUUGAAAACAAAAAAACAAACAACAAACACACCACCAGGCAGGAUGUCCUUUCUACAGAAUUUUUGGAAGAAAGUUUUGGAACAAGGUUUAGAUUGUCAGUGUGUCAUGGACUGGUGGAUGAAAAGGGCAUGAAAUUGGAAUAAGCGUGAUAAAAUCUUCCUGGUUUUAAAACCUGGAACAAGGAAGCACGGAAAUAAUCUCAGUUUCAAAGCAAUGCAAAUAACAAACCUGCUGUAGGGUGUCUCUUGAGUGGGAGCUACUAGGCCAUCUCCCUGCUUCGCAGAAGAGGUAGCAAGCAAGCUUGCACGGCUCACACUUGGUGAUCCCAGUCUCCCGUUAGCAUUAUAACAUGGGAUCUUCUCACAGCUGGAAUUGUGGCCCUGGGAGUCAGCAUCAGUCCAGAGGGGAGGAUGUCCCACUGGGUUUGUCUUCAGGACACGCAGUUGUCUGCCCAGCUAACCCACAGCCUCACCUUCUCAUGGCGUAAGAGCCAGUGGCUCGUGCACCGUUUUCUCGAAGAUCCGUUGCCCUGUUUUCUCAUGAAAUCCAAAUGACGUUGCUGUAAGAAGAGCAGGAUAUAAAAAGGAUCCUUCUGAAGUCAUUGGAGAUGCAUGGGUGUAAGCGAGGGCAGAUCUUAUCUACCAAGUCUACCCAGCAAUAUCCAUAAUUCAGGAACAGCCACGUCUGAAAAUAACAGGCACCCAUUCCUAGCAAACACUAGAAGCAAAAGCUAUGAAAAACUCUUCUUCCCACGAUAACAAAUCACAUUGGGGUUAGUAGAUAAUAUUCUUCCAAAUGACCUCACGAUCUACAUCACUUUCAGGAAUGGGAUACGGACAGGACCAUGAGUGACUCUGUACCUGUCUGGUUACGGCACCAACAUCUAUGUAGCAAAGGGUAAUGCAUGAGAAGGUGCAGGCAGGGCAACACCUGAGUCUUGGGUGUAGAUCCUCCAGCGAGGAAGGCGCAUUUGGAGCAGGAGGUGGAACCUGUAGCUUUUAAUAAAGACCUUAUCCAGAUGGCUUCAGAGAUACCCAGAUGCAUUUCUGCAGAGGAAGGCAGUAUGGAAAAGCCGUCUGAACAGCAGGGGCACAGCUUGCAGGCAGAGGAAGGUCUGCAGUAGAGGUGGCACCUGGAGGACAGAGCGUAGGACGGGGAGCAGAGGAUCUGCUCUCCUGCUGCAGCGCGUGGCCUGAGGCAGCUCCUUCCUCUCCCUAGGUAAUGUUUCUUCCUCGUACUAACCAGCGCUAGGACUGGAGAGCCCCAC